UAACCGCCUGCGGAGCGGUUUUGCCCUCCUCCGUCCGGGUCAGUACUGCAGCCUCAGGGCGAAGAGGCCUGGCCUUUCUCCCCCAAUGUCAAUUCGUAAAAUAGCAGGGCUGGAGUCUGGAGGGUUUGCGGGCUUCCGCCUCGUGGGAAGUCUGGGAGGCUCAGAACUUCCAACUCUUCCACCUCAGAGCCCGCUUGGCCCGGGCAGAACCACCCAGGAAGCCGGCGGCCCGCAGCCUCGGCAGGGAAGAAUAUAAUUUUUUCAUCUAUAAUUUGGAAGCGAAGUAAAAUAACAAAAUGAAGCCAGCAAAAUCUCUGUUAGCCUCUAGUAAUAAAUUGGCAAAUGUUCCAGAGUCAACUUACAAAAAGGGAGUAUUGAAUUUACCAAUGUCACCUAAACCAAAGGAAAAACAUAGUGCAAAAUUAGGACGUGAUAAAUUUGAACCAAUGGUCUUAGGAUCUCCACCAACAGGGGGAUCCCUUGUAAGGUAUGCUUUGCCCAAUCUGUCAAGUAAGACAAAGGAGUUAAUAGCAGAAGAUGAAUCGAUCAGGAAAAUUACCAAACAUCUGAAGAUGAUUGUUUCCACUUUAGAAGAAACCUAUGGAUUUAGCAUUCAAAAUGGAGAAAAAUCAUUUAUGAAGCCUGAACAUGAAGAAUUAAGUUUGUCUGUUGAGGAUGAUCUGAAUUCAUUCUUGAUAUGUUGCUCACAAUUUGUAGCUCAGUUAGAAGAAGCAGCUAAGGAAGAACGUAAUAUUUUGGAAUCUCUUUAUCAGUGGUUUCAGCGACAGGUCAAUCAUAUAGAAGAGAUAAGUAAAGAUCAAAGUUUUUCAGAAGCAGACUUUCCAGUAUCUGACAAAACAGUCACUUUAAGCAUUGCACGAAUAGUAAAGCAGGUUCAAAAACUAGAAGAACUGAAAAAUCGCCUUAAACAAGAGUCUAAAUACUCCUUGAAAGCGGUGUUGGCUAAAGUCAAGGAUAGUGAAAGUUCACCAGAGGCAGUACAAAGUUAUGAAGCUGUACAGCAGUUAAUUGAAGAAUUCAUAAAAACCCACUCAACUGAAGAAUUUAUAGAUGUUUCUGCAACUGAUCCACAAGCUGCUUAUUCACUGAUGAAUCGAUUGAAUGUCAUGUUGAAAAUAUUUGAAAAACAGUCAAAUAUGUUGGAGAGAGCUGUGGGUGAUCAAGGUUUGUUAGAGGCUAAAUAUAAACAAAUGGAAAGUGAUUUUCAAGUGUUAUUAGAGGAGAAGUCGGUGCUGGAAAAUGAACUACAAAAGCUGAAGAAUGAGAAGACAAAGUCUACAUAUGAUCAGACAAAGAAAACUAUAAAAACUGAGAAGAAAAAAGACAAAGGAAAACCUGAAAAUUCAGAAGAGAAGAAGUCUGUAGUCAAAGAGCUUAAAAUAAAAGGAGAUUUGACUCAAGUCCAGAAAGUAGCACAUGCUCUGGAAAUUGAGAACAAAGUCCUUCAGGAACAACUGAACCAGGCUUUACAGGAAGCUGAAAGAGCUAAGCAGCAACUUAACUGUUUCCUAAAUCAAGGGAAAGAAUUACUUAAAAGUGAAGGGAAGACCAAGACAACAAUGGAAAUGGGUAUUAGUAAAAUAAAAGUCGAAGAUUUAAAUCAUAUACCAUUGGAGAAAGAAACAAGGAAAUCACUAGGUACAAAUUCAGGUAGACAAAAGACAAAUUUUAAAAUCCAAGAACAUCCACAGAUCUCAAGCAUCCCAAAUGGAAGCCCAACUGACAAGAGCUCAGAGAAGAAAAGAGCUAGCUCUGCUAUUUCAGAUCUUUCACAGAUCCUAAACACUCAAGAUGGUUCAGCUUUUUUAAGGAGUUCAAAUGAAGUUUCAGCUGAUAAAGACUUAUCCUACACGCUUCCAUUAAAGACCCAUGAGAAACCAUUAACAAGACUAUUAUCAAACAAGGAGAUUGAAGAUUUACUGUCUGGCAAAGCAUCACUUCAAGGGAGUGAAACAGCUACAGCAUCAUUCAUUUCACCCUCUGUUCUCACUAAAAGAAAGCCAAUGGAUAGUGACAUCUCAAAGGCUGCUGUUGUAGAAGAGAAAUUACAAAGUAAGACUGAAAGACAAGAAGCAAGAGAAUUUCAAGCUAAUGAUGAAGUACCAGAUGAAGAGCAUAUACUUGGACAUCAAAAUUUAGUGUCAAAAACUAAAACAGAAGUAGAGCAAGAAAAGACUCCUAGAGUAGGAAGAUUCACUAUGAAAAAUAUUGUAGAUCAUGAUAAAGUACCAGAUGAAAAGAUGACACAUAAGAAUCAGGGUUCACUGUCAAAAACCCAACUGCAAGUAAAGAAACAAAGAACUCUCAGAAGAGAAGGACUCACUACUCAAUAUGAAGUACCAGAUGAAAAUCUUGUGUUUGAUAGAAACCAAGAUUCGACAUCAAAAACACAAAUGCAAGUAAAAAAACAAAGAACAUCCAAAAGGGAAAGAAACAUUGCUCAUGAUGAUGUACCAGACAAAAACCUUAUUCAAAAGCAUCAGGACUCAAAGUCAAAAACAGAAAUGCAAGUAAAGAAACAAAAAACUUCCCUAGAUGAAACACCUAUUACUCAUAAUAACAUAACCGAUGAAAAUCCUGUGCUUGAGCAUCAAGAGUCAAUGUCAAAAACCCAACUGCAAGUAAAGAAACAAAAAAUUGCUAACAGGGAAAGACUCACUAGACUAAAUGCCUCUUUUUAUGUAGCUCACAAUAAAGUACCUGAAAAUGUUGUGACUGAGCCUCAAGAUUCAAUAUCAAACACCCAACUGCAAGUAAAGAAACAAGGAGCUUCUAAAGGGGAAAGAGUCAGUAUUCAGUAUGAAGUACCAGAUGAAAAUCAUGUGCUUGAGCAUCAAGACUCAAUGUCAAAACCAGAGAUUCAAGUGAAGAAACAAAUAAUUCAAAAGAGGGAAAGACUUGGUAUUCAUGAUUAUGUACCAGACAAAAAUCUUAUGCUUAAGCAUCAAGAUUCAGUGUCAAAACUUCAAAUGCAAGUACAGAAACAAAUAACUUCCAGAGAGAAAAAAUCUAAGACUGUUGAUGAAGUACCAGAUGAAAAUAUUAUGCUUAAACAUCAAGACCCGGUGUUAAAAACCCAAGUACAAUCAAAACGAAAAACUUCAAUAGAGGAAAGACUCAUUAAAAAUGAGGCAGCCUCAGAACUUCAAGAUACAGGAGAUCUUCUAGCAAUAAAUCCAUCACUUAAUGAUCUAAUAUAUCAAUUAGAUUUAAAUAAAGUUAGAGAAACCAAUAUAGAACAGUUGAAAGAUGCUAUUGGACCACAUACAUUUGUGGAGGAAAUGAAAAUACAAUCAAAAAGUGUCCCUGAGAUUGAUAGGGAGUCCCUCCCAGGUGCUAUUGGAAGAAGUAUAAUAAAGAGAGAAUUCAAGACACAGUUAAAGAGUCAUCCUGAGACUGAUGUAGAACACUUGAUAUAUACUGCUGAAAGAGAAAGAAUAAUUGAUGAAAUCAACACACAACUUAAAAGUCACUCUGGAAAGAAUUUAUUUAAGAACAAAAAUAUGUUUUCACAUCAUCAGGAUUUACUUAUGAAGAACAUCACAAUGAAUAAAUUCCCAACAAAAGUGAUCAAUUUAUCACCUUUUGACAAUCAAGAAUUACCUUAUGAGUACAUCUCACCCCAUGUGACUGAACCUCCAAAAGCAUAUCAUAGAACAUCUAGGAUUGGGUCAUCCAAUUAUAAAGCCAUCCAUCUUCGUUCACUGAAUAAAGAAACUUCAGGGCAUCGAAAAGAUUCUACCUCAAAAAAACAUGUUGACUUUACAAAUAAUCUGCUUUCUGUGAUCUCUACAACUAGAAAACCUAUCUACAAAGUGCCACAUAUUGCUCCCCGAAAUUUCUACCACACCCCUGUUUCUGAGAAUAAAUGAAUUCUGGUCAAAAUAACCAACAUGAGCAAAUUCAUGGAGAUAACAAUGAAAAUUGCAAAUGUAGAAGCUUUACGAAAAUUAACACUGACUUGAAAGGAUGGUGCUCAUUGAACAAUAGUGGGAAAUACCCUAUCCUACGGUAGGUCUAGAUCAUGGAGGAGCUUCAUUGGCAGCAGAAUUCUUCGUUAUUAUCCAGAACAAACUUGAAAGUGUAAGAUCAAAGCCUUUUGUUGCUGGUGUUAAGAAAGAAGCUCUACAUUGAAGUUCCAGCUUGCUUCUAUUCAUUAAUGUCCCUGCAAUAUCUUCUGGUGUGGUAUAAAAGCAAUAAAAUGAAAUUUGUUCUCUGCA